CCAAGUAGGCAUUCGACUUUCCUCUCAUUAUCCUACAGUGCUAACUACUGUAUCACCAGUCUAACAUCAUGCUCUACCACCUUUUCGUCAACAACCAAGUCAAGCUUCAGAACGACUUCAAGCCGGAGUCCGUCGCCGCCAUCCGCUCCAGUGCCUUCAAUUCCAAAGGCGGAACUACUGUGUUCAACUUCCUCAGCGCGGGGGAGAACAUCCUCCUCCACAUCAGCAUCCGCCCCGGCGAGAACGUCAUCGUCUUCAACAGCAGGCUCAAGAACGGCGCCUGGGGCCCGGAGGAACGCAUCCCGUACGCUGAAAAGUUCAGGCCCCCCAACCCGAGCAUCACUGUCAUCGACCACGGCGACAGGUUCCAGAUCCGCUUCGACUAUGGGACUUCCAUUUAUUAUAACAAGAGGAUCAAGGAGAAUGCGGCUGCGAUUGCGUACAAUGCGGAGAACUCUUUGUUCUCCUCGCCUGUCACCGUCGAUGUCCAUGGAUUGCUCCCCCCACUUCCCCCUGCUUAGGAUUCUCGCUGGCCGUCAGCCACACCAACAUAUUGCCACUCAUAACGAAAGCUUUUGCGACACCAACGGACUUCAUACUGACUCUCGGUUGUACUGAGUAGCUCUGACUUAAUUGCUUGGCCAAUACAUGUAUACUGUUCUUCCACAAA